CAAAACGAAACGAAACGAAAUUCUCGAAAUUCUUUCUCUCUCUCUAGAAAGAAAAAAGAAAAAACUCUCACCAAACCAAACCGCCCCUUCUCUUCCUGGUUUUCAUUUCAUUUCAUUUUCUCUCCCUCGCUCUCAAAAUCUCUGUCUCUCUUUGUUUCUUUUCCUCUCUAUAAUCGUCGUAAAUACCUUUUUUCAGCUUAAUAAUUCAAUCUCUCAUGGCAUUUCUCUAUCGUUCCACUCUCUUUCAGGUUUUUAGGGUUACAUAAACAUGGAGAUGAUGAUGCGGCGAUUAUAAGGGAUCUGUAGUAGAUUAAAAUUUGAAUAGAAUAUUAUAGGUGGUUAUCUUUCAACACAAAUAAAUACAUAUGUUUGUGUCUUUUUAGGAAUUUAGUUUAGACUCGUUCAAGAUCAUGGGCUACCUGAAUUCCGUUUUAUCUACCAGCGGAAAUCAGGUUGAUGAUGCUCCUGUAAGUGGCGGGGGUCUCAGUCAGAAUGGAAAGUUCAGCUAUGGAUAUGCAAGCUCUCCUGGAAAAAGGUCGUCAAUGGAAGAUUUCUAUGAGACCAGAAUUGAUGGAGUCGAUGGAGAAAUAGUUGGUCUUUUCGGCGUCUUUGAUGGUCAUGGGGGUGCCCGGGCAGCAGAGUAUGUUAAACAAAACCUUUUCAGUAAUUUGAUCAGUCAUCCGAAGUUCAUCUCUGAUACGAAAUCAGCUAUAGCGGAUGCAUAUAGCCAUACAGACUCAGAGUUUUUGAAAUCAGAGAAUACUCAAAAUAGAGAUGCUGGCUCAACAGCUUCCACAGCAAUUCUUGUUGGCGACCGUUUGCUAGUUGCAAAUGUGGGAGAUUCCAGAGCUGUUAUCUGCAGGGGUGGAAAUGCUAUAGCUGUUUCACGAGAUCACAAGCCAGACCAAACUGAUGAGCGGCAACGCAUUGAGGAUGCUGGAGGUUUUGUAAUGUGGGCAGGAACCUGGAGAGUUGGUGGUGUGCUUGCUGUUUCCCGUGCCUUCGGCGAUAGGCUCUUGAAGCAGUAUGUUGUUGCAGAUCCCGAAAUUCAGGAAGAAGUCGUUGAUAGUUCUCUGGAGUUUCUUAUCCUGGCCAGUGAUGGACUCUGGGAUGUUGUCACCAAUGAGGAGGCUGUUUCCAUGACCAAACCCAUUGAGGAUCCGGAGCAGGCUGCAAGGAGACUGAUGCAAGAAGCAUAUCAGAGAGGCAGUGCAGAUAACAUUACUUGUGUGGUUGUACGUUUCUUGGACACAGCCAACCAGGAUCAUCAAGGUGGGCCUAAGAAAACUCAUUUAGUUAACGUCAGCCAAGGUGGGGCUAGCAAUAGUAAUCCAGGUGGUACCAGUCAAAGUUAUAAAGGUGGAGCAAGCCAUGGACAAGGUGGGGCCAACAAAGGUCAUCAAGGCGGCAGUGCGUCCUCUCGGUCCUCAGGAGCAGCUAAUAACAGCAGCAGCAGUUCUGGGUGAAGCAGCAUCCUGUGGUUUAGGAAGAAAAAACGGCUCAAGGAUCUAAGUCCUAAUGCUGGCAAAAGAAAUUAUACCCUCUGUCUCUUAGGGCUGUGAAGUGGUUUUGUCUCGUAUUUUCAGUCUACUUCCUUAGUAUGUUCCGUCUGCUUCCUUAGUAUGGAACUUGUAUCUAAAUCCUCUAUAGCUGAAGCUCCCUGUCGUUGUCGUUCCUUUCUCUCUACAUGGACCUGUGAAGACUUAAAAUGUUCUCUCUCUUUUUUCUUUUCUUUUUAUGGAUAAUGUCGAUGUUGUAGUGUUAAAUGGGUUCUAUUUUAGGUGUACUGUUAUUGUUUCAAUAAUAAUAAAUCAGAAAUAUGGUCUCUCUCAGGGUA